GCUCAGUCUGCCCCCACUCAGCUCACUUCCACUCCAGCCUCUCUGUCUGUCCCACACACACACAGGCUGCUGACCGGACACCGCUCACACGCACCAUGCGUACCUGUCCGGAGCCGAUCCACCGCCCCGUCUUGGAUUUUACUAAAGCUUCCGGCUGAUAGGAACCAGGACAGCUGACCUGAAGGAUAACCGACCCGCUGAGAUUUAACUUUUUUCCUCCUGGCUGCUUGUGCGGACUUGUGGAGCGGCGCGGUAAAGGACUUUGUGACUGGGGGUCGGGCCAUGUGCGUUGACCUCUGAGUGUGAGCUCUUUGUGUUUGCGUCCCGUGUGAACUGGAAGCCAUCAUGAGGAGCGGCUCUCACAUCCUGCCUCUCGGUGUGCUCACUGCUCUGCUGCUGUCUCAGGUCUGCUCGGGCAUCAAAUGGCUAGCGCUGUCACACACACCCGCCUCUAGACCCGUCAACCAGACGCAGCACUGCAAGCUGCUCCCCGGCAUGGUGUCCUCCCAGGCGCAGCUGUGCCGCAGCAACCUGGAGCUCAUGCAGACCAUCAUCCAAGCCGCCCGCGAAGUCAAGAAAACGUGUCAGAAGACGUUCGGCGACAUGCGCUGGAACUGCUCCUCCAUCGAAAUCCCCGUCAACGCCACCAAGUAUCGGCCGGACCUGGAGAGAGGAACGAGGGAGGCCGCUUUUGUGUACGCGUUGUCGGCGGCGACCAUCAGCCACGCCAUCGCCCAAGCCUGCACCUCCGGGGACCUACGGACGUGUUCAUGUGGCCCCAUCCCCGCAGAAAUCCCGGAGCCCGGCUACCGCUGGGGCGGCUGUGCCGACAACCUCAACUACGGCAUCUUCAUGGGCUCCAAGUUUUCAGACGCCCCCAUGAAGAUGAAGCGCUCCAGUUCCAGUGCCAACAAACUGAUGCAGCUUCACAACAGUGAAGUCGGGAGACAGGCACUGAAAGAGGCGCUGGUGAUGAAGUGUAAAUGCCAUGGUGUUUCUGGGUCCUGCUCCAUAAGGACCUGCUGGAAAGGCCUCCAGGACCUCAGGGACAUCGCCAUGGACCUGAAGUCCAAGUACCUGUCUGCUACCAAGGUGGUUUACCGGACCAUGGGCACGCGCAAGCAUCUUGUCCCCAAAGAUAUUGAUGUCAGGCCACUGCGGGAGAAUGAAAUGAUCUAUUUGCACAGCUCCCCGGACUUCUGCACCAAGAACGAAAAACUGGGUUCUGUUGGGACGCAGGACAGGCAGUGCAACAAAACAUCUGUCGGCAGCGACAGCUGUGACCUGAUGUGCUGCGGCCGCGGCUACAACCCCUACACAGAGUUGCUGGUCGAACGCUGCCACUGCAAGUACCACUGGUGUUGCUACGUAACCUGCAAAAAAUGUGAGCGCAACGUGGAGAGAUACGUCUGCAAGUGAUCCACCGGCGGAUCACUCCUCGGCUUCGUAUCGAGCCCCCUCCCCAGGCUACAGAUUAACCAAAGCACUACAAUACCCAGAAGGCUUACUUCAGUCUUCAGCUUUAGCAUGCGUAUCUCGACAAGAGUUGGUAUAUUCUUGUGCAGUAUCCAUAAUGCGUUUCAUCUCCAAAACGUCCAACUGGGCUUCGAGGUUUCUUGAUGGGAAAAGUGUGGAAAGAGGACCGUCCUAACGGGUGUUAUCUGCUAUCAUGUUAAUAAUCAUAACCCCUCACCCUGUGACAGAGAUACGGGAAGCCAGUUUAAACAUAUCUCUAGUAAAAAGAAAUAAUAUUGGAUUUUAUGCUGGAGGAUAUGUUUGGCCUCCUUCCCUGGAUAUCAAAGGGCUCUCAUGGAUUCAUAUUUUUUUAGGUACUAUCAAAACUUUUUUUUUCCUCUGGAGCAAUACACCACAGAGGAACACAAAGGGAAAACCUCACGUACUUUUCAAUCACGGAACAUUUUUGUGGUUGAUGCCUGGGACUCGUCACGUGCCCCGCCUGGACCCUGACGUGCCUGAUUCCCUGCAGAACGAGAGAAGAAAUCAAAGAACUUUGUGAAACGGUGCAUUAUCUCAAUUUCGUCUGACAUGCAGGCAGAUCAAAAUAUAUUCUAUUUUUCAGAGCAUAUGAGCGUAACUCAUGGAUUUUGUAAACCACUUUUGUGUGGGUGUAUAUACUGUUAUUUUGUAUACUGAAAUAAAGAAAUAAGUAUUUAUAAAAUAUCCCAUAACCUCACAGACUUUAUGCAUUUUAAAUUAAACACCAUUUAGAGCCAUGUUGUUUCAUAUAAUUUACAGCAACUGCAGCAUAUUUUGUAUUAAAACAGAUCAUCUCAGCAUUCCUCGAAGACAUAUUCAUACCACUUGAGCUUCAAUAUUAUUUACUGGACUUUAAUGUGAUAGACCAACACAAGGCAGUGCAUAAUUGUGAAGUGGAUGGAAAAUGAUAAAUGGGUUCAAAUAAAAAUCUGAAAAAUAUGGUUUG